AUGGCUCCCACGGCCGCUGAGCCCAACAGCUGCAGCAGCAGCAGCAGCAGCAGCAGCAGCAGCAGCAGCAGCAGCAGCAGCAGCAGCAGCAGGAAUAAGGAGCCCGACAGCCCCAAGGGCGCGGUUGAGUGUUUACACAGCUUUUCUUUGCAUGCACUUUUUAAAGAAUUCACUGCCCAGAGCGGGCUUUUGGCGCGUAGCCGCUGCCAAACAACAUCCUUGCAGAGGCUCGGCGCGGGAAACACCCCCGCGUUGGUGAACAGUUUGUUGACUUCGCUGUGCAACAUUUCGCCCUUCUUUAGGGGCGCGGGAAACACCCCCGCGUUGGUGAACAGUUUGUUGACUUCGCUGUGCAACAUUUCGCCCUUCUUUAGGCUGAAUGCGCUGCUGGCGCUGCUGCAGCUGCAGCUGCUGCCGUUCUUUUGCUUCCAGCAGCAGCAGCAGCAGCAGCAGCAGCAGCAACAGCAGCAGCAGCAGCAGCAGCAGCAGCAGCAAAGCCUGUCUCCAUGGCUACCACGCGGUGUCUCUACAGUGGCCGGCCUUCUCCUCUUUGUCCAGUCUCCUUUCUGGGCUGGACAGUUUCAUAGACCAGCUCUGCAGCAGCAGCAGCAGCAGCAGCAGCAGCAGCAGCAGCAGCAGCAGCUGCAGCAGCUGCAGCAGCAGCAGCAGCAGCAGCAGCAGCAGCAGGGCAGUGCACCUUGUGGGGUCGGAACUCGGGGGCCUUUUGGCGCUGCACUUUGCGGCCAUGAGGCCGGCAGUGGUGCAGAGUGUUGUGCUGCUGAAUUCCCACUUGAGCCAGUGGCAGUUCCUGCUGCUGCUGCUGCUGCUGCUGAGAGCAGCAGCAGCAGCAGCAGCAGCAGCAGCAGCGGCAGCAGGGGCAGCAGCAGGGAGGAAGGGGAGGGCGAGGACCUUUUCGGGGCCUUCUGCAGCAGCGCGCAGCUGCCGCAGGACUCCCGCGCUGCUGCUGCUGCUGCUGCUGCUGCUGAUGCUGCUGCUGCAGCAGCAGCAGCAGCAGCAGCAGCUCCUGCUGCUGUGCUGCUGCAGCCGCAGGAAACCCUCGAAGUCAAAAACAGCAAAGAGUUCCUCAUUGCCCAGUUGGAGACUCUCACUGCAGCAGAACUUGCUGCUAGACUUGCAUACCCGGAAGCAAAAAUUGCAGAAAUGCGCAGCGGCGGCCCUUUCCCUUUUCUUGCUGCAGCAGAUGAGGUGUCUAUGCACCUCGAGCUGCACCUGCGCCGCUGCGGGGCUGCGCCGUGGCUGCAUGCGCAUGCAUGCAAAAGCAGCAGCAGCAGCAGCAGCAGCAGCAGCAGCAGCAGCAGCAGCGGCGGCGGCGGCGGUGGAGGCGGCAGCAGCAGCAGCCACGGCUGCUGCGGAAGCAGCGACGGAGGCGCAGCGUCGGGCGCCGGGGGAGGGACCCAGCAGCAGCAGCAGCAGCAGCAGCAGCAGCAGCAGCAGCUGCAGCAGCAGCAGGUUUUUGGCAGCAGCAGCAGUCUGCAGGGACACGGGACGGGCCCGCGGCGGCUGCUAGGGGACCCCUUGUCUGCUGCUGCUGUUGUUGCUGCUGCUGACAGCAGCAGCAGCUGCUGCCUGCUGCAGCCACAAAGCCUGCGGCAGCUGCAUGCGCAUGCACAUGACCCGCUGCUGCAGCAGCAGCCAGAAAGUGCUGCUGCAGCGACGGAGCAGGCAGCAGCCAGCAGCAGCAGCAGCAGCAGCAGCAGCAGCAGCAGCAGUUCCGAGUGCUGCGACGGCAGCAGCAGCAGCAGCAGCAGCAGCAGCAACUUGCAGCCCAGCUAA